AUGAGCGGUCGCUUCGUCCGCUCGUCCAAGUACAGGCAUGUCUACGGGAAUCCUGCCAAGAAGGAAGUGUCGUACGAUAACGUCAAAGUGUCCAACAACGCAUGGGACACGAAUCUCUUAUCGGCGAGCGGCGAGUACCUCUCGCUGAACUGGAACGUCUCGGGUGGCGGUGCCUUUGCGUUGAUCCCACUCGCGCAGCCCGGCAAGCUCCCUGAUGUGUACCCGCUGUGUCGCGGCCACACGUCAGCCGUGCUCGACACGGCAUUUAGUCCGUUUGAUGACCGGGUCGUGGUGAGUGGCGGCGACGACGCGCAUGUGAGUGUGUGGAACGUGGCGCCAGAAGACAUCCGCGGCUGUCUCGAGGCGGCCAAGGUGUCUGGCUCGAUGGACGACAUCAAGCCACGCGCCACAUUCCUCGGCGGCAAGCGCCGCGUCGGCCACGUCGAGUUCCACCCGACCGCCGCGCAUGUCGUAGCGGCCGCGACGGGCGAUCAUGCCAUCAAGCUGUUUGACAUCGAGAAGCAGGCGCCGCGAGUCGAGCUACACGGCUUCGGCGACGCCAUCCAGUCGAUGGCUUUCGACCAGACCGGCAGCACGAUCGUAGCGACGUGCCGUGAUCGCAAACUGCGCAUGUUCGAUGUGCGUGCGCCGGACGCUGUGCAGGUGACCGACGGGCAUGGCGGCAUCAAAGGCGCGCGUGCGAUCUGGUGUGGCGACAAGCCGCGGAUCAUCACGACGGGCUUCAGCAAAAUGUCCGAGCGCCAAAUGUUUCUGUGGGACGUGACGCAGCUGACCAAGCCGAUCAAAACCGUGUCGCUGGACAGCAGCAAUGGCAUCAUCAUGCCGUUCUGGAGUGACAACAACAUCGUGUUCCUCGCCGGCAAGGGCGAUGGCAAUAUCCGGUACUAUGAACUUGAGUCAGACGAGCUGCACUACCUGGCCGAGUACAAGUCGAUCGAGCCACAGAGCGGCAUGGCCUUCCUGCCCCGCCGUGCUCUCAACGUCGACGACAACGAGAUUGCGCGUGCGUACAAAGUGUCGCCACCCACGAUUCAUCCCGUGUCAUUCUACGUGCCUCGAAAGUCGGAGGCCUUCCAAGCGGACAUCUUUCCUCCCGCACGCUCGGCAGAGCCGAGUCUGACGGCGGACGAGUUCUUUGUGGACAAAAAGACGCUGACGCCCCACCUGUACCACUUUGAGACGCGCACCAUCAUCAAGGGAGAGUCAGCCACUCCGCUGUCGACGCAUGCCAAGGAAGCGCCCAGGGAUGCGCCCAAGGAAUCGCCCAAGGAAUCGCCCAAGGAAUCGCCGAAGGAGGCGCCGCAGGAGGCGAAAGACACCUCCACAGAGGCCGCCCAAGCGUCGAACGGGGCGCCGACUGACCCACCCACGGAUGCCUCCCACGAGGCGCCCGACGAGGCUCCCAAGGACGAUCCAAAGACAAGCGCACCAGAGACGUCCAAGGAAGAUCCGAAAGAGAGCCCCUCAGAUGCCCCUCAUGAGGCGCGCAACGAGGCUCCUAAGAAGGUCUCAGAGACGACCGCUCCGGAGGCGCCAGCGGCCCCGACGCCCGUGCCUGCAGCGUCGGCCCACGAAACCCAAGAUUCUCUCCCUGCCGCCCCUCAGGCGGCCAAGGGCGCUCCGACCACCGAGUCGUCUCCAUCGGGCAUCGAGGCCGAGGACAUCGCCUCCCUUCGCAGCCAGGUGCAGGACCUCCUGGCGCAGGUCGCUGAGCGCGAUACGCACAUCCGCGAGCUCGAGAUGGAAAACAUCAAGCUGCGUGCGAAUCAGCAGCGUGUUCGCGACGUGCUCCUGACCUCGACAUAG